ACCGCCUCACCGGGCUGGCCGGCUGCCAACAGCACCGCCCUGUCCUGACUCCCAUCCUGUUUGUCACAAAUAUGGCCGCUGCCGCCGUGAAGAUUGGAAUUAUUGGUGGAACUGGCCUGGAUGAUCCAGAUAUCUUAGAAGGCAGAACAGAAAAAUAUGUUGACACUCCUUAUGGCAAGCCGUCAGAUGCUUUGAUAUUGGGAAAGAUAAAAAAUGUGGACUGUGUGCUGUUGGCAAGACAUGGAAGGCAUCAUACAGUUAUGCCAUCAAAUGUCAAUUAUCGUGCCAAUAUCUGGGCAUUGAAAGAAGAAAAUUGUUCCCAUGUAUUAGUGACUACUGCCUGUGGUUCGUUACAAGAAGAAAUACAACCUGGUGAUCUUGUCAUCAUUGACCAGUUCAUUGACAGGACAACUAAAAGACAUUGUACUUUCUACGAUGGGCAGCAUUCCAGUCUUUCAGGAGUAUGUCAUGUUCCAAUGGCAGAGCCAUUCUGCACCAAAACCAGAGAGGUUCUCAUUGAGACCGCCAAGAAACUGGGGCUCCAGUGUCAUUCUAAGGGGACAAUGAUCACAAUUGAAGGCCCACGUUUCAGUUCUCGAGCAGAAAGCCUUAUGUUUCGCAGCUGGGGAGCUGAUGUUAUCAACAUGACCACAGUGCCUGAAGUGAUUCUUGCAAAAGAAGCUGGAAUGAGUUAUGCUAGUAUUGCCAUGGCAACAGAUUAUGACUGCUGGAAGGAACAUGAAGAAGCAGUUUCGGUGGAUAAAGUUUUAAAAACACUGAAAGGGAAUGCAAAUAAGGCUACUAGCAUACUCCUUACCGCUAUACCUCAGAUAGGUUCCAUGGAAUGGACUGACACCCUGCACACCCUGAAAACAACAGUGCAGUGUUCGGUCAUUCUGCCAAAACAGUAACAGCCUGGAUGGAUCUUGGAGUUCAGGUGCUCACAAGGAGGAGUGGAUCACUCUUGAACUCCAGAGGUUAUAGUGUCUUCAAAAACUAUUACAAACAUAAAAGACUAUAGUAAACAUUUACCAAUGAUAAUGUAUAAGACAACUUUUAUAAUUUUUGUCAUGCUUGAUCAUGUGUAAGAUGUUGUCAUGCUCUGUUCAGUGACACCUUUCAGUUGCUGGAAGAAAAGACAGGCUAGGUAAUGCUCUUACAGUUUCAUAAAGUAAGAACUGAGAAAGCAGAUUCACAGGUAUGCUAUUUGCUUUGCUAUUUCUGCCUGCAUCUUUUCCUUCAACAAGGCAAAUGUUUACACUUCAGUUCAGAAACACACCAAAAAAACUGAACAAUCCAUUUCAAAACUGAAUUAUACUAUUUUUGUGCGUUAUCCAUGUUUUUUUUAUUUCAGUGAAUUUUUUUAAAGCAAUGGUUUUUGUUUGUGUUGUAAAAGACACAGAUUAAUAAUUGUGGUGGUUCUUUCACAGCAGCAGUUGUGAAAUGAAUGUUAUCGCUUUAAAAAGUUAGGUAAUGCCUAAGUCAGAUUUGUGCCUGAAAAUGUACUUGUAUCACUUGCAGAACUGUACUGCUGCCAGUGUCCCAAACACUGUGUUGGCCUUUUGCUGCUUCAUUGAUCUAAACAGCUCUGAGAUUAGUUUCUGUUUUGAGUGAUUUAUGUGCUUUGAAUGUGUGCAUUUUUUUAACACAGUUUGACUUCAGUAAAAUAAUGCGCUUCUUGCCUAGUAAAUAAAACAAAUGAAACCUA